AUGUUCACAUUAGGUUCUAUUUCAAGCUUUUGCACAUUCAAGAUAAAUCAUGGGGGUUCGUUCACAAAUACGGUAUCUGGAAAGUCAUACAUAGAUGGGCUUGUGGAUCACUUUGAUUUUUUGGACAUGGAUGUGUUUUCAGUCCACAAGUUAGAUGAUAUGAUGGCAGUUUUAAGGUACAAUGAUGGAGGUAUAAUGUUUUACCAUUUCAUGAUCCUAGAGACAGACUUCGAUAGUGGAUUGUUACCCCUUGGCACCGAUCAGGAAGUCAUUCAGUUGGCAAGGUAUGUGCUUAAUCAUAAGGAAAUUAAUUUGUACAUUGAGCUAGGAAAUAAUAGAGUAGUCCCUUGCUUUAAGUCCCCAUUGAAGGUUCGUAUUGAGGAAGUUGAAGGGAAUCAUUCUCCUGAAAUAAAUAGGUUGAUCGAGAGAGUGAUCCCUUUAGGGGGGGUACAAUUUGAGGAUAACCAUGGUAAAAAAGAUGUUGACACAGGGGAUGAGCACCAACCAAAACGGGAUGUUGAUCCAGUGGAUGAUUAUGAGGUAAUGGGGGAUGUGGACGCGGAAUAUGGUGGGGGAAAAAUCUACAUGAUGUUGAGUUGUUUGAGGAUGAAUACAGUGGAAAUAAGGAAAGUGUUAGUGAGCGUCCUUGGAGUGAGGGUAGUAGGAGUGAGGAUAAUAUGA